AAAAUAGAGCAGGAUUGAGGUCAAAAAUCAAUUUGUAUCAUAGUGGUCGUUAAUUUGAACAACCUUUACUUUUAACAGUAUUUUUACAUUAAAACGUCACAGUUGAUGGACUAAUCAUUGGAAAAAAACUGCUAUACAAUGGCUACUAACACAGCAGAUGAUGGAUCAAAAUGUCCUAUAUGUUUCGAGAUUUAUAAGGAACCGAAAGCACUUGUCUGCUUACAUACAUUUUGUGAGGCAUGUAUUCAGGAGUAUAUAUUAAAAAGCAAAGAGAAGGGUAUACUGUGUGAUGGGAUAGAAUGUCCUCUCUGCCGAUUUGUGACAACUGCCGAAAAGGACGAACCACCAGAAAUGUGGGCUAAAUCUCUACGACCGAAUUUUGCUCUUGCUUCAUUACUAGAGAGUGCAUCACUUAGCAUCAAAUCUUCUGAGAAGGACGGAAAGCUAUGCCAGCCUUGCUUAAAACAGAAUAAUACAACUUCUGCAACAAUCUUCUGCUCUGUUUGUAACGAGAGGCUGUGUGGUGAAUGCAAGAAAGUCCAUGAUAGCUUAGAGUUCACGAAGAAUCACGAAUCUGUUGAGAUUGAAAAAAGAGAAAAUGUUGAAUUUCUAACAGCUUUCCAAACUUUUCAGAGAUGUCAACAACAUGGCAAAAAAGUUAAGUUCUAUUGUAAAGGUGAAGACAAACUGUGUUGUAGUACUUGUGCUAUUAUUGCACACAGAGAAUGCAAAGGCUUGGUAGAAAUAAGCGAAAUUGCAAAGGAUAAGUGUAGCUCAAUUCAGCGUAAUAUACUUUCGAAACAAAUAUCGGAAUUAGAGAAUACUAUGAAAUCGUCUGCAGCACACUUUGUCAGUGAAAGUAAGAAAUUGACGUCACAAUCAACUGAACUGAUGGACCGUUUGAGACAGCUUAGAGAAAAAGUCAUUCAGCGUUUCGAUGCAUUAGAAGACAACCUGAAAGGUGAAAUAAAAGCAGUACAAACAGCAAAAUUAUCUGAAAUUAUGAUAAAUGCAGUCGGAUGCGAUGAGAUUGCAUGUGAAAUGCGUCGUUUAAUGCAUAUGUUAGAACUUGCAAACCAAAACGGCACCGAAGAACAACAAUUUGUCGUUGGGAAAAAGUUAAGGGACGAAUUUGCCGGUCGUAAAUCUCAAGCCGUUUUAAAGUUUGCCGAAGUUGAAUCUAUAAACUUAUCACUGAAUAUUCCCAAAACGAUGGACAAUUUCUUAGACAUGUCAGCAGAAAAUAUGUCUGUAUCAGUCGAGUCCAAAACAGAAGUUAUACCAAGCUGUGCUGCGAAAACGCUCAAUCUUUUGGCCGAAGUCAAGAUUGAACAAGAUACAAAUGAAGAAAAUAAACCAUGGUAUCGUGGAAUAGGAUUUCUGAAUGAUGGUAGAGUAGUUGCAGUUGAUUAUAAUAAUAAGAAAUGUGUUUUGAUGAAUGAAAACUUAGAAAAUAUAGGGGAACUCGAAUUGACAUACUCACCGCUAAAUUUAGUAGUUACUGAGGACAACUGUGUCAUCAUUACUGCCGGAGUGAACAAGAACUUGUAUAUGUAUGAAGUAAAUGAAAAUAAUACUUUAACUGAAAAACAUGUCAUCCCAGUUUCCCUGAAAUGUGAUUGUAUAUCAAACUUUGACAUCAAUAAAUGUAUUGUUGGUGCUUUUGAUAGUUCAGAACCUGCUCAUGAAAUUAACUUUGCCGGAGAUAUAGCUCAGUUAAAUUUUGAUUUUGAAGGAAUGCAGUUUACUUCCGCGAAGGACUUCAAGUGCUGCUAUACGAAAGAAACAAGACAAUUACUUAUAGCAGACAACAGAGAAAAUGCAGUUCAUAUAUGUAAUCUCGUAAACGGAAACAGGAGCACAGUUCAUGAUAGAAGUUUCGUGAAACUUAGAGGGAUUUCGCAUUAUAUGAACGACUUGUAUUUCAUUUGCUCUUCAGGCACCGAUUCAAUUGUGCAGUUGACAACAGCUGGUAAAGUGUUAGCUGUAAACAAAAUAAAUAUGAAACGUCUAUAUUCAAUCUGCAUUUCACAAGACAAAAACAAACUGCUUGUGUCGAACAAUCGCUCAGAGGUUAAAAGGUUGCUUCUCUACAAAAUUCAGUGAACAGUGGCAUAUCUUAUGAAGUGUUGUUUUGAAAACGCACUGUGCUAACAUAUUUAGCGAAACAAUCUAAUUUAACACAAUAGCUAAAUCAUUUGGUGUUGAUAGUUUUAGCUCUCUGGAAUUCAUUGUUUUCAGAUCAUAUAAAGAAACAUCAUUUUUUGUUUUAUACAAGUUUGUGUUAAGCUAAUUCCAUAAAAGGACUGAUACUUAAGUUCAUUCAUCCAUACCUGAUUUGUGAAGUUGCAGCAUGUGUCCAAUCGUCUGUCCGUCUGUCAGUGUCCGUCCGUCAUAUCAGUAGGAAGUAAAAUUGGAAUAAUGUUAGGACGAAUGCGAAUCAUGACUGGCUCAAGAUUUAUAGCCGUUAAAAAUAAUAAAAUACUGUGUUUAGUAGAGAUAGUACCUAAAAGUUUAAAUUAUGAAAAGCAAUUAAAAAUUAACUUUGGUUGUUUAAAUACAUUAGUCUUGAUUUGAUCAUUUUGAAGCAUGUUGUUUAAGAUUUUCUCAAACAUUUUAUUUAAUGUCAAUGUAUCUCCUCUUGCAGAUAGUCAUACAUAUCAAGUCAUUGAUCAAAAUUUAAUCCCCAAUUAUACCUGGAUAAUUGCAGAAGAACUUAACUCAAUAGGUACAUAAUUUUUGUAUAACAUCGGAAAAUGUUUCCCGCCUUGUAGAUAAAAUUUGAAAAGAGUGAGAGGGUAAAACAUAUGACGCUGUCUCAGUCAAACGUUUUUUCCGCACAGCUUUCUGAGUAUGCAACAUGAUUGUCAGUUAUAGGUUUCGCUCAGUAAUAAGGCGCUUUGAAAUGUAGACAAACAAAACAAUAGCAUAUAUAUUUAAGUCAAUACACUACGUUUAAAUGCAAGCAGUAAUUACUUGUGGUAUUUAUGUUAUACGUUUUCGUCGGGAGUUCGAUUCCCAGACCCGUAAAAAAUAUUUUUAGAACCGUAUUUAUUUUCUCUGUUUUUAAUACGAUUCAGCGAAAACAACACUAGUUGGUUAUUCUAGUACUAACUGGUUCACUUACUUAUAUAUGUCACUGUUAACACGUAAUUUUGUUUAAAUACAUUUCGUCGUUAAUAUGAUCUAAUGUUUUUGAAGCUUAUGUGAAUCAAUUAGAAACCAGAGAGAAACAAACUUACACAAAGUAUGUUAAUAUAAUGCAAAAUCAAAAACAUAUUGGACGGAUGCAAGUUCGAACCAUCAAACGAUCACUAUAAAAUGAUUACAUGUCUACCCACUCAACCUACUGCGCCAUCAAGCCAACCAUUAAACUUACUUCCUAUAUCUUUUGUUUUAAAAGAUACUGCUUAUCCUCAUAAAAUAAACGUGUUUGUAAAAUGGACGGUUCCAAACUGAAGGGGAUCCAUGCUCAAAAAUAAUGACAAAAUACAAUACAUAUCGCGUAUCCGUAGCCCUGACCAACCUAUAAACCGGACUAGUCUAUUUUAUAAGUACAGCAACACUGUUGACCCAUUUAAACGAGGAGUACUGUAAGUAUUGAUUGUUUAUUUACAUGUUGCUAAAAAUAAAUAAUACUGCGCGGUACUUAUAAGAAAUGAUUAUCCUGUGUUUGUUUUUCAGUAGUUAUUAUUAGGUUAUUUAGCAUAUUUCUGUACAAUACGGAUAUAUAUUUGGACAAGUACCGAGCUGAGAAAACCAUGUUGGACGAGCCAAUAUGGUUUUCUCAGCUGGGUACGAGUCCAAAUAUAUCUCGUAUUGUACAGUAUUGUCCGUAAGUAUUGACCUGGCACUUAUUAAUCUUCGCCAAUAUUUUGGGACGUUUUCGUUAAUUUACGCAAUAUCUGUAUUCUUAAAAUAUCUAUAUCACUAAAGUAACAGAUACAGUUAACCAAUGACACGGUGGCGCAGUGGUAAGGUGGCUGACUUCCAAGCAUGUUACCAAGGGUUCGAAAUCACAUUAAAUCAUUUCAUGCAUUUUUACGUAAUGUAAUGUUAUCGAUGCCUGUUUUAUUGUUACAUUAUUUUAUGCAUCAUAUUUUUAUGAAUUUUAAUUGUUUCUCUUGAAGUAUUUAUUUUCUGGAAACGCUGGUGGCAAGUACUUUGUAUUUUUGUAUAAGACGCUUCUAAAAUCAUUUUUAUUCAACUUUUUCUACAACGAUUAAAUAUGACAAAAUUCAGUAUAUGGACCAUAAAAAUCACGAUACGUUUGAUCCGAUAAGUGGUUAGUUUGCAUAUUAAACUUAUAAAAACAGAUCCGGUCAGACGUCGGACUCGAACCCACAACCCGGAGGU